AUGGCAUCAAACAUUUUGUUCGAAGACCGUUUUGUUAUAAGCAAUGUAGAUAAUUCAAAGUUUGAAAAAGUCAGUAGAAUAAAAGCUAAAAGUACGGGUUAUGAUGCUGAAUUAAUUCUUGAUGUCCAUUCAGAAUUGUUUAAAGUUGAAGAAAAGAAGGCCAUAUAUUUAGCACUUCAAGAUAAUUUUAUGGGAUAUAGUGAUGACAAAACAUGGGAACAAGCUGACAAUAAAUCAUUAAAUAAUAUUGAAUAUAUUAUGAGUGGUCGAAUUUUUAAAUUUGAGGAGCUUUCAUCCGAAAGAAGGACGGUUUAUGCUUCUUAUGGGGGACUAAUGAUGGCACUAACAGCAGAUAAACAAUUUAUAGGAGAUCUUGAAAUAGACAUGAAAAUUUAUUUACUUGCCAAAAAUGUUGAUAUUGAAAGAGCAUAA